CUUUUACGCAUCAGUUGUUCGAGUAGGUGUCAACACAGAAGUCGCCUCGUUUUUAAACUAAACCAUGUUGCACCUGGAUUUUAAAUAGAAAACACCAGCAUUUGUUUGUAAUAUAAUCCAGAUUAUAGUGAAGCGUAGUCCAGCGGAGCAAGUGGUCCUAGAAAAAAAAAAAAGAAAAAAAAAAAGAAAAGAGAUUUUCGUCAUGGGAGCGCAUGGAUGGAGCUCAGCCAGCUUCGGUUUCGUCGUUUGUGGAUACUUGGCGUUUUUCUGCGGGCACUUUGUCCCGCAGGCUGAGGCGGGCUGCAGGGAGAGGGAGAGCCCGAACUGCUGCACCGGCCGGAAUAACGAAUGCUUUGAGUACACGAAGAGGAAAACAGUGUGUUACUGUGAUACCUACUGUCAGAAAACCAGAGACUGCUGCGAGGACUACCAGCGCGUGUGCCUAAUAUCUGCAGCCAUUGACUGUGUGGUGGGAUCAUGGGGUCCCUGGUCGUCAUGCACGUCCCCGUGUGGAGUCGGCAGCACCGAGAGGAGUCGCCAAGUAUCUGUUCCCCCCAGAAACGGAGGCACGCCCUGUCCCGACCUCAAGCAGCGCCGAGGAUGCUUCGGGAACAACGCCAUAUGCAGCACGGCGAAAGAGGUGGCAAAGAUCCUGCCUGAUUCUUUCAAGAGGAACUUCAAGGACCCUUGGAGGCGACCACACAUGCUGAUAAAGGAGGAGAAGGCCAGUUACUGCGUGUACCUGCGGGUGAAACAGGCCAGUGCAGCGUGUAAACUCAAACUGUGGAGCGCUCAGCUGGUGAGAGAGAGGCUGGUGUGUGCAGAGUGUCAGAGCGAUGCCAUGUCGAAGUCGGAUCGCUGCGGAGGCGACGGCCUGGAGAGCACCAGAACGUUCUGGGCAGCAGCUUCAGUCCCGGGCUGCCACGGCUCCUGGGUGCGAGAGUCGUCCUCCGAGCGCUGCCGGUGCCCUCCCUACUCGGUGCUCUUCGUCUGAGCCGACCACGCAGCCCUCAGACGCCUGUUUGCAGGGACACGAUUUCCCUCAGAGCCUCCUGCUAAGCGUGGAGAGCCCUGCCAGCCAAGCCAGACCCUCCGAUCCAGACUACUGGAUGGGUAACUCAAGGAGAUCAGCAGCAUCCUGCCACUUUUUCCUUUCACCUCAUACUCUGUACUGUAUACACUUAUUACUAAGCACACAAAAAUUCUUGCAUUUAACUUCAGAUUUUGCAGCCACGUUAUGUACUUUUCUCCUCCAAAGCACAGCGACAUCUAUAUGCCUUUUUACCUCUGAAUCUUUGCUAUCUACCUCCAUCAAUGCAAGUGCAUUUUGCUAAUGCAUAAUGUAUAAAUAUAUAAAUAUAUUAUUUUGCUUUAUACAUUUUCUACUUAUGAUUGUUUAUGUGUAAUGUACAUGUGUCUAUAUAGCUACACUUAUUUGUAUCCAACAACAUUUAAGCAUCAAACAGCAGCUGCGUCGCCCAGUUUAAGCCCCGAUCCAAAGAGUCCGACACGAUCCGCAGGUUGGAGAUGCUACAAAACUGGUUCAUCCAAGUCGUAUCCAUCGCUAGAAACCUUGAGUCGAUAUAUCUAUGUUCUGCAGUUUUGUCCCGAUCGAUAUUUCAUUUCAGCAAAAAAAAAAAUACCAGCAAAUGAAGUUGACUAUCAGGUGUUGAUUCUCAGGUGCUUAGAUUUGCGUCUUUGUCUCUCAAGCUUCCUCUUUCGUGUCUUCUGAUGGUUCAGUCACUGAUGUUUUCAGCAGCUUAAAGUGACUCACGGCUGAAAUCAAACCCAUCUGUUUGCAUCUAAUAUUGUUGGAGAGGAAAAGGAGCCAUAUAAGAGAAUUUCACUGUGGUUCUCUCUGUCCUCUGUGUCCAAAAAAAAAAAAAGAAAAAAGCUUAAUGACUGUUUUCUCUCUCUGCCUGUCCUGCUCACAAAGGAGUUUUUAUUAUCAGCAGAGUAUCAUCCAAUAUAAACACCGCACGCAGCCAAGUUACUCCAAUAUUAUUAAUUAACAGAAUCUCCCCCCAGCGCUCCCCACAGCUCCUUGGCUCGUACUUCUUCUUCGUCUCUGUUCUUGUUGUCCCCUACCGACUUGGUGUUUAAAAGAAAUUGCAGAUUAACCACAGCGUUACCCUCUCUGACGUACAAACAGUCGACUGGCUCAGCUACGCCUUCCCACUUCUCUUUUACUGCUGGUUUAAGAGGAGGACUGGUGAAGUCCCAGCGAAGGGCUGUUCCCUCUGGAAAGCUGUUACUUUCUCUCCCCCGUGUCUGUGUUUGUGUGUUUAUUUAUUAUAAAAACAAGUGAUGAUUUUAUUAGUGCAGCACAGCAUACUCUGUACACUGUCCAUUAGUGAGAAUAAACAGCUAUACUGUCACCUC